AUGGCUAAUUUCACACUGAAUGAGUUUCUACUGAUGGGAUUUUCUGUCAAGCCUGAACAGAAAGUCACUCUUGCUUCUUUGUUCCUAGUCUUAUACAUGGUGGCUUUAAUUGGCAAUAUCCUCAUUAUCACCGCAACUUCCAGGGACAGUAGUCUCCAGUCACCCAUGUAUUUCUUCCUGAAACAUCUCUCCUUCCUGGACCUGUGCUACAUUUCUGUGACAGUGCCAAGGUUCAUUUGCAAUUCUUUCAUGCAAAGUGGCUACAUUUCCCUUGGGGAAUGCAUAGUGCAGUGUUUUGCUUUCACUCUCUGUGCUUCUGCUGAGGUAUCCAUGCUCACAUUGAUGUCUUAUGAUCGCUAUGUGGCCAUCUGCUUUCCACUGCACUACGAAAUCAUCAUGGAUGUCAGCAAAUGUGUCCAUGGAGUCUUAGGCAUCUGGAUCAGUGGGGUCAUUUCUGGAGCCAUGCAAACAGCUGCCACUUUCUCCAUUCACUUCUGUGGUUCCCAGGUUCACCAGUACUUCUGUGACAUCCCCCAGCUCCUGAAACUCUCUUGUUCUAAUGACUAUAUCAAUGAGCUUGGGAUUAGUGCCUUCUUAUCUCUAAUGGCAUUUAUUUGCAUUAUCUUUAUUGGACUGUCCUACACAAAGAUAUUUUCUACUGUACUGAGGAUGUCAUCUGCUGAGGGAAGAGCUAAGGCCUUUUCCACUUGCCUUCCCCACCUUGCUGUUGUUAUUUUAUUCAUUUCAACAGGCUCCUUUGAGUAUCUUAGGUCACCUUCUGACUCUCCAAGUGCACUGGACAUUUUGCUAACUAUUAUGUACACAGUUGUGCCCCCAACACUCAACCCAAUGAUCUAUAGCCUGAGAAAUCAAGCCAUGAAGGCAGCUCUAAGAAAAAUUUUCCAAAGAAGAAAAGCCUGA